AUGGAUGAACAACAGCAACCACAAGAACAGCAACCCCAAGAAUUGCAACCACAGGAACUGCAGCUACAGGAGCAGCAUCAAGACCAGCCAAUGGAACCAGUAGUUAAAUCUUACUAUGUUCCACAAGGUGAGUUAUCCAACAAAAGAUUAUUUGUUAGACCAUUUCCAUUAGACGUUCAAGAGAACGAGCUAAAUGAAAUUUUUGCUCCAUUUGGUUCUUUAAAAGAAGUUAAAAUAUUAAAUGGAUUUGCCUUUGUUGAAUUCGAUGACCCAGACUCUGCUAGUCGUGCCAUUGAAGAAGUUAAUGGUAAAGAUUUUGCUAACCGUCCAUUAGAGGUUAACUAUUCUAGAUUGCCUAUUCAAAGAUUCAGAGCUAUUUUGAGAAGCUUGCCAGAAGGUGUUGCUUGGCAAGAAUUAAAGGACUUGGCUCGUGAAAACAACUUGGAAACUACCUUUUCCAGUGUUAAUACCCAUGAAUGGGAUGGUACUGGUGCUUUGGAAUUUCCAACCGAAGAAAUUUUGAGUGAAGCUUUAGAAAAAUUAAACAAUAUUGAAUGGAGAGGCUCUGUUAUCACUAUUGAAAGAGAUGAUAAUCCACCACCGAUCAGGAGAUCCAGAGGCGGUUUCCGCGGAGGUCGUGGAGGCUUUGGCCGUGGCGGCUUUGGCGGUAGAGGAGGCUUUGGCCGUGGCGGCUUCGGCGGUAGAGGAGGCUUUGGAGGUCGUGGCGGCUUUGGCGGUAGAGGAGGCUUUGGUCGUGGCGGCUUCGGCGGUAGAGGAGGCUUUGGAGGUCGUGGUGGUUUUGGAGGCCGUGGCGGUUUUGGAGGUCGUGGUGGAUUUAGUGAUAGAGGUUCCAGAGGUGGUUUUGGAGGUAGUUAUGGAGGCCGUGGCAGUUUUGGUGGAAGAGGUAGUUACGGUGGUCGUGGCAGCGGCUACAGUGGCAGAGAUAAUUUCAGAUCCAGAGAUCAUGGUUCUUAUCAACGUGAAAGAUCUCCAGGUAGACAAUGA